ACAAACAAUUGGUUUAAUGGCCGUAAGCCUACGCGGGAUAAAUGUUUUUUUCUGAAGAAAACAUUAUGUCAAAAAUCAGAAAUGGUUGUCAGGCUAACAACGUAAACAUAAGUUUAAAAAAAAUAAUCAAAUUUUAAUCAUGAGUAACCGAAAUCCAAAUACUUUAAUGAGUGUUCCUGACGAACAGUUCGAUUACCUUUUCAAAAUUGUGCUCAUCGGUGAUUGUGGUACAGGAAAAACAUGUAUUGUGCAACGAUUGAAAUCCGGAAAUUUUAUUGAAAGGCACGGAAAUACAAUAGGCGUAGACUUUUCUAUGAAAACUUUAAUUGUCGACGGAAAGAGGGUCAAGCUUCAAAUAUGGGAUACGGCGGGACAAGAGCGGUUUCGUACAAUUACUCAAAGUUAUUAUCGCUCAGCAAAUGGAGUAAUUAUAGUGUAUGACAUAACAAAGAGGUCCACAUUUUUGUCAUUACAAAAAUGGAUUGAAGAAGUGCGAAGGUACACUUCGUCUAAUGUUAUUGUGUCACUCAUUGGCAACAAGUGUGAUCUAACAGACCAGCGGGAAGUAGAACAAGAUGAACCUAAAUCCUUCUGUCGAUAUGUACCAGAGAUAAUGUUUGUAAUGGAAACAUCAGCUAAAGAUAAUACUAAUGUUGAAGACACAUUCCGUAGCUUGGCUACAGAGUUAAAGAGACAACAUGACAAGAGUGAAGGACCACCUCCAGAUCAGGACUCGGUUAUUCUUGGUGAUAGCCAUUCCAUCAGCAGGUGUCAACCUUGCAGAUCAUCAUAGUAGUCUUGCCUGGUAUUUAUAAUUGAUAUAAUCAACAGAAUAUCUUUUUUUUUCUAGCUAUGUAAAUAUUUACAACAGUCACAAGUAAUGAGCUUUAUAAGUUUUAUACAAUAGUUAAAUGAAAUAACAUAGUAAAGUUAGAUAUUGAAUAUUCUUCACUGAUUGCGUACAAAUGUUAAUACACAGUUAUGGUCUUGUCAACUUCAAGUUUUGACACAUUUAAUGUUUGAUGAAUAUGAAAUUUCACAGAUAUUGGUGUUUUUUCAUUAAAUAAUAUAAUAGAUGUAGUCAAAUAUACAAUAUAAUUAGAGAAUAUAUUUAAAAGGCCAGCAACCCAAUUGUAGAUUCUAUGGUGUUGCAGAUGUCCAUGGAUGGUCCACCACGGUGUUCCGUCCACUUGUUUGCCCCUUUCCUUUAUAUAAAAAAUAGAGAAUUUUAUGUAUAUUAUUGAAGUUUUAUAAAGUUAUCACCAUUGAGCCUUUAAAUAUUCUAUGUUUGAACUUUAUAUUGAAUCUCAUUCAUAAGAUUUUGUAAACAAGAUCUCUUUUAUGAUAUAUAUGAUUACAUUUAGUAAAAAAAAAGUGUUACUAAGUUUUGACAUUG